AUCCAUGACGAGAAUGGGCUGAAGCCGGUGAUGGUGUACAUCCACGGGGGCUCCUACAUGGAGGGCACCGGCAACAUGAUCGACGGAAGCAUCCUGGCAAGCUACGGCAACGUCAUCGUCAUCACUAUCAACUACCGCCUGGGGGUGCUCGGCUUCCUGAGUACGGGCGACCAGGCGGCCAAGGGGAACUAUGGUCUGCUGGACCAGAUCCAGGCUCUCCGCUGGGUGAAGGAGAACGUCUCCGCCUUCAAGGGCGACCCCAAGAGGGUGACCAUCUUCGGCUCCGGGGCGGGGGCCUCCUGCGUCAGCCUGCUCACCCUGUCACACUACUCUGAGGACCUCUUUCAGAAGGCCAUCAUUCAAUCCGGCACGGCCCUCUCCAGCUGGGCCGUCAACUACCAGCCGGGGAAGUAUACGCGCGUGCUGGCCGAGAAGGUGGGCUGCAACAUGCUGGACAGCAUUGACCUGGUGGAGUGCCUGCAGAAGAAGUCCUACAAGGAGCUGGUGGAGCAGUACGUCACCCCCGCCAAGUACCACAUCGCCUUCGGGCCGGUCAUCGACGGUGACGUCAUCCCAGACGACCCUCAGAUCUUGAUGGAGCAGGGCGAGUUCCUCAACUAUGACAUCAUGCUGGGCGUCAACCAAGGGGAGGGGUUUAAGUUCGUGGACGGCAUCGUUGACUCCGAGGACGGCGUCUCUGCCAACGAUUUCGACUUCGCCGUGUCGGACUUCGUGGACCAUCUCUACGGAUACCCCGAGGGGAAGGACACCCUCCGCGAGACCAUCAAGUUCAUGUACACGGACUGGGCGGACAAGGAGAACCCGGAGACGCGCCGGAAGACGCUGGUGGCACUGUUCACGGACCACCAAUGGGUGGCGCCGGCGGUGGCCACGGCCGACCUCCAUGCGCAGUACGGGUCGCCCACCUACUUCUACGCCUUCUACCACCACUGCCAAAGCGACAUGAAGCCCAGCUGGGCCGACUCGGCGCACGGAGACGAGGUCCCGUAUGUCUUCGGGAUCCCCAUGAUCGGACCGACCGACCUGUUCAACUGCAACUUUUCCAAGAACGACGUGAUGCUCAGCGCCGUGGUCAUGACCUACUGGACCAACUUCGCCAAGACUGGCGACCCGAACCAGCCGGUCCCCCAGGACACCAAGUUCAUCCACACCAAACCCAACCGUUUCGAGGAGGUGGCCUGGACCAAGUACAAUCCAAAGGACCAGCUGUACCUCCACAUCGGGCUGAAGCCACGCGUCCGCGACCACUACCGUGCCACCAAGGUGGCCUUCUGGCUGGAGCUGGUGCCGCACCUCCACAACAUCAACGACAUCAUCCAGUACGUCUCCACCACCACCAAGAUCCCCCCGCAGGACACCACGCCGUACCCUUACACCAAACGCUUCCCGGGGAAGAACAACUGGCCCUCCACCACGCGGCACCCGGGGCUCCCGCCGGCCAACACCAAGCAGGGCACGGACCAGCGGAAGGGCGGGAAUGACAACGGCGAUCCCGGCGACGGGUCAGCGGUGGUCAUCGAGACGAAGAGGGACUACUCCACGGAGCUGUCGGUGACCAUCGCAGUGGGUGCCUCGCUCCUCUUCCUCAACAUCCUGGCCUUCGCCGCACUCUACUACAAGAAGGACAAGCGGCGCCACGACUCCAAUCGCCGGCUCCCCACGGUGCCGCAGCGGGGCGGGGAGUGCGGCGGGAGGGGCCUCGGGCCCGGCUCGGCCGCUGCCGCCGCCGCUGCUUCCGCCGGCACCAACGAUGUGGCGCACCUGCAGAGCGAGGAGCUGAUGAGCCUGCAGAUGAAGCAGCAGCAGCAGCAGCUGCUUGAGCACGAGCACCUCCAGGAGCACCUGCAGGAUCACCUGCACCUGCAGGAUCACCUGCACCUGCAGGUGCAGCAGCAGCAGCACCUGGAGUGCGGCGUGGCUCUACAGGCUCACGACGCGGCUCUGGCGCGGCUGGCGUGCCCGCCAGACUACACACUGACGCUGAGGCGCUCGCCGGACGACCUGCCCUCCAUGAUGGCGCCCAGCACCAUCACCAUGCUCCCGGGCUCCCUGGGCGGCAUGCAGCCACUGCACAACACCUUCAACACCUUCGGCGGAAGUCAGAACAGCACCAAUCUGCCCCACGGACACUCCACCACCAGGGUAUAGCUCCACCCCCGGAGGGGCCUGGAGGAGGAGGUCCAGGUGGGGUCUGGGACCGGGUGGACUAACCGACGCAGGGGGGGUUUGUAGUUGGACGCGGAGACCCUGGAUGGGGUAGGACUGGAUGAAGGGUGGAGAGAAGAUUGGGGUUGGAUGGAGCAGGAGAAGGGGGUUGUUUUGAGGUAGGGGAGAAUGGGUUGUUUGGACGUGGAGACCCUGGUUGGCCGGGGUUGGAUAUAGGGCGGAGAGAAGGCUGGGGUUGGAUCGCGAUGAGCAGGGGAUCGUUUUUCUACCCUGAUUCCCUGGUUUGGGUGAGGUUAGCAGCUGGAGGAGAAGGGGUCUGGAUUCAGGAUUGCAGGAUUCGGCCAGCACAAAAUUUACAUGGAAAACUGGGACUUGGACGUGGGUUGGGAGCGCGAGGAGAGACCAAGAGCUACGAGGACUUUGAGGUCUUGGGGGCUUCGGAGGUCUUUGGGGCCUGGGAGGGUCUCGGAGGGUGAGACGUUAUUUUACUACCACGCCUUCUCAGUGAACCAUCGCCCGUAUCCUCACACAGACUUCUGGAACAGACCAGGUCUAGACAUCAGAGGGACGGCCGCAUUCAGAGUCACGUCCGGGAGGCCAAGGGUCUGGCCCCCCUCUCCAACCAAACUUUUAUGUUGAACUUAUUUCGCCACGGAGAGUUUGACCAAAAGAUUGAAAUUAUCGCCGAAGGGGAAAACCUUACAAUCACACACUCCUGCUCACAAACUACUCUCAUUUCUGUGGCCAUUUUGUGCCAUGAAACAGAUGUGUAUAUAUAUAUAUAUAUAUAUAUAUAUAUAUAUAUAUAUAUAUAUAUAUAUGAACAAUCCGAAGUGGACAGGGGCAGUGGCAAUCUUUUGAUUAUCGCUCCGCUACUGAGAGAGUAAUGGACAACCGAGACAGUAAUCCGAUAAAGGAUCCAUAUGUUGAAUAUUAAAUAUCGACUGGGGCGAAAACUUUCAAAAUGAAAAUCACCCCCGGGGGCCUGAAAUGUAUUUAUGAAACCUUUUUAAAGAACAAAAAAGUAUAUAGUUGUGAGCAGAGGUUUAAUGAAAAAAGUUUAAAGAUAUCAAAAGAGCUUUUAUUGUUGUUGAUUUUGUUUUUGAUUUAUCGGUUGAAUCCCUGUGCUUUUCCGUUCGCUGUGUGUGUGUGUAAAUAUCCGUACUUUAAAUGUUAUGAUUUUAUCGGAAUUACAACGUUUUCUACGUUUUUUAUUUUCCGUGUUUUUUUUCUUCUUAUUUUAACCACAAAAUGGCCGAAACGCAAAAACAAUCCCCAUUUAAUGAGGACGCACAUUUUAACACGACUUUUGGCGGUCGGCUGUUUUGGGAAAAUCAUGAUAUUUAUAAAAAGUUCAUGAUUGAGCGUUCAACAUCAUCGUUCUUCGCGUAAAAUCAUACUUGCAUGCCCCGAUAAAAACUUUUGGAUUUUCUUCUUCUUCUGAUACUGUUGGACACCCCUCUACUCUUAAAACAGGACAUGGUAUGAUCCUAUCCCCCACACACACAUACACACGUACUAGACUUUUCGGCGGUCUAAUUUUAUAUGGUUUCAUUUUUCCUUUUUGUCUUGCUAUCGAAACACUGCCUCAGCUUAACUUAACUUAACUGAAAUGUGGCCCGCUAUGUUAUAUUUGGAAACCGACAAAAAACAAAAAACAAAGCAGUGAAUUUUUUUGUUUAGCCUAAUUUGAAUACGUUUGUAAAAGAGGUAUAUGUUAGAUAUUUCAAAUUUGUCAUUUGCUAGAAAUAUGUACAUGUGCCGGCUUGUGAUAUUUUUGGGGUUAUGGAAGCAAGUGAAUGAUUGUAAAUAUUAAUGACAUUAUUAUAUAAAAAGUAUGGAGGAAAGUAAAACUAACUUUUUAAUUCUGCAUCCUUUGUCGACAAAUUAAGCCAAAAAAAAGAGAUUUCAAUCGACAUUUGUCAAUUCUAUAUGAGAUAUUCUGUUGAGCCCUCAGUUCGGUCAGGAUUUAAAGGUUUUAUUGUAGAGUUUGGAAGAUUCCUUAGUUUGUCUUCUGGUAUUUGUUUGCAGUUUUGCCUUAAGUAAUAUCAAUAAUAUCUGUGGCUGGACAGCUGUAUAAACUUUUUCUGCAGCAUUUUAAUAAAAUAUUAAAGUAUUUUCUAAAAAACGACAA